AUGCUUGUUGUGUUCACUGGCCGCAGCCCUCACUCUGAUGAUGGUGAAAUGAGCUGCCACAUUCUGCAAUGGGUGGAGGAGUGCAUUUCCUCCAUAACAACGGGCCCCUUGAAGGACCCGAGUAUGGACGCCCCAGACGAUGCUGUGCUGCGCCUGGCCCAGCUGGCCCUCUCCUGCACCGUCGAGUGCACUGCAAGCCGGCCCAGCAUGUCAGACAUUGCCAACGAGCUGCAGGGUAUCAGGCAUGAGGUGGUGGGGAAGGAGGUGCUGAGUGCAGCGGUGAAGGUGGAUGAGGAAGCAGAAGAGAUGGGAAUUGGGAUGUCGUUUCGGGGUAACUUGAAUACCGACCUGGAAGCGAUUGAGAGGAUGGAUGAAGAAGAGUCCAAUGGGGAGCAAUCAGCCAAGUCUAUUCAGUGA